AUGGUCAGCAGGGGUCUCGUGCUCGCGCUCCUCCCUCUCACAUAUCUCACCACCGCGGCGCCGACCGGCGAGCACAAUGCUCUCGAGCGUCGGACGCCCGGGCCGAUCAAGGGCAUGAAGGACCUCGACGAUGACGAAUACGGCAGGCGAGGCAUGGGUUACGGGUGGCCGGCCGCCGGUCCUGCGCCAGGCCGGAGCCAGCGGGGGCCUUUUGAAGAAGUCGGCGCUUUUCUGGACGGCGUUACGCGACCGGCGCAGUCGAGUCCUGCCAUGAGAAGCCAGGGACGACGCGUCGACGAGACGGUGGUGUACGACGAUCAGGGCAAUCCCCACUACGUUCAGCACAACCUGCCCCCGCCGAGGGAGGCGGCCCGAAGAGCUGCCCUGUUGCGCGCGGAGACGCUGCCGAACCCGACCCGAAAGCCGAAAAAGGCGGCUUCGUCGUCGAGGCGGGGGUUUUUGGGUCUUUUCAAGGGUUCCAAAAACCAGUAA